CGGUGUGUGGCGGCCAGUCAGAGUGAGCCUGGGCUGAGUGUGAGAUACAUAGAGAGCAGCCAUGGACCGGCUGGCACCGUACGGCAAUGAUCCCUUUGAUAAACCACCAUGCCGAGGCUGUUCUUCAUACCUCAUGGAGCCAUAUAUUAAAUGUGCUGAAUGUGGGCCACCAGAAUUCCUUCUUUGCUUGCAAUGCUUCUCAAGAGGAUUUGAAUAUAAGAAACAUCAAAGCAAUCACAGCUAUGAGAUUAUGACCUCAGAUUUUCCAGUCUUGGAUCCCAGCUGGACAGCUCAGGAGGAAAUGGCUCUUCUUGAAGCUGUAAUGGAUUGUGGAUUUGGAAACUGGCAAGAUGUUGCCAAUCAAAUGCGCACAAAAACAAAGGAUGACUGUGAAAAACACUACAUGAAACAUUUUAUCAACAACCCGCUCUUUGCAAGUACCUUACUCAGUCUGAAGCAAGCCGAGGAGGAGAAGCAUGUGAACACAGCCAUUUCGUUCCAACCUGCUGACGAUCCUCCAAGACCAACAUUUGAAUCCUUGCUUUCCAGGGACAUGGCAGGAUACAUGCCAGCUAGAGCGGACUUCAUAGAGGAAUUUGAUAACUAUGCAGAAUGGGACUUAAGGGAUAUUGACUUUGUUGAAGAUGAUUCAGAUAUAUUGCAUGCUUUGAAAAUUGCAGUUGUGGACAUCUAUCAUUCCAGGCUGAAAGAGCGGCAGAGAAGGAAAAGAAUUAUAAGAGAACAUGGUCUUAUAAAUCUCAGAAAAUUUCAAAUUUUGGAAAGAAGAUACCUUAAAGAUAUUCAAGAACUGUAUGACACAAUGAGACGAUUUGCCAGAGUUGUGGGACCAUUAGAACAUGAUAAAUUCAUUGAAAGUCACGCUUUGGAAUUUGAAUUGCGCAGGGAGAUCAAGAGGUUACAGGACUAUAGAAGUGCAGGGAUUAAAACUUUUUGUAGUGCAAAAGUAUAUGACAAAUUAAAAAAAACUCGCAACGAAGCACGCUUGAAGAGAACCCUGCUUUCUGAAGUCCUUCAGUAUAUUCACGAUGGCAACGCUUGCCAACAGUGGCUCAAGAGACAAGCAGCAAUUGACGCUGGUGUGUAUCAGAUUACACCCAUUGUAUCUAGUUCAGGCAGAAGAAGUGCUCCUCCUUUAGACCUAACCGGGCUUCCUGGUACUGAAAAGCUGAAUGAAAAAGAAAAGGAGCUUUGUCAAGUGGUGAGAUUGGUUCCUGGCGCUUAUCUGGAAUACAAAGCAGCACUAAUGAAUGAGUGCAGAAAGCAAGGAAGUUUACGACUGGCACAGGCUCGCACUCUUAUUAAGAUAGAUGUGAAUAAGACUCGCAAGAUUUAUGAUUUUCUUAUACGAGAAGGAUUUAUUAUGAAGCCUCAACAAUAACAGAACUACAACAAACAUAUGUGUAAUAAGAACAUCGUCAUUAAUAUUUUAUUGAUGUUUAGUAUUAUGUUUUUGUUUGUUUUUUUGUGUUCUUUUUAGAGGUCAUGUACCAUUGAAUGUAUUCAGUUAUUUUACUUAAACCAUCUGCACUUUGACAGUGUUAUUGUAUGAUCACCACAACCAUUAUAGCUAGGUGAAACUUUAUAGAAUAAAGUUCUACUCAGCAGAUUUCAACACACAUCUGCCAAUAUUCUUUUCUUUGAAAAUAGGAUUUUUCAAAUCUUUACCGACUAUAUUUUUCCUUCUAUGGUGCCCUAUCUUAAAGCUGUCCUUCAACCCAGGAAGAAAGUUUUAAUCACCACUACUAAAUUCACAUUCUGCCACAGGUCACAUACAGGAAGAUUAUCCGUAAGUUCAUAUAGUAUCCCAAUAUUGACAUGUUAUCUUAAACUCUACAUAGAAUGAAAAACUGAAAUAUAGAAUUGUUUUGUCAAAAAAAUUAUCUAAUUGAACAGACAAAAUUGCACAAACGAAGGGAAGGCUUUAUUGCUGCUGUAUAACAAACUGAAAACUAAGUUGUAAAAUUCAGUGUAAAGUGUUUUUUGUUUGGGUUUUUUGUUUCUUAUAUACAACUGUCAAUAUUAUUCAUACAUUUGUGUAUGAUUAAUGGUUUUGUUAGAUAACUGAAUAACUGUUUCUAAGUUCUUUAGAAAUGUAUAUUUCCACAUGUGUUCUGUUUUUGGGUUUCCACAUACUUUUGUAACUUGGAUACUU